AUGUGGAGCGCCACCGCAUUCACAGCGCCUGUCAUGGUCAUUCUGGUGAUGAUGAUGAUGUUAACUUUGGUGGUCGUGACAGUUUUAGGGAACGCUUUCGUCAUUUUGGCCUUUAAAGUGGGCAAGAGUCUGAGGAGGCAAAGCAAUUAUUACUUCUUGAAUCUGGCUAUAUCGGAUUUUCAUGUUGGUGAGAAAUGUAUGAUUAUUCAACUAAGUACAUUAGGCUAUUAUUGUAUGUUGAAUAUGGGCAUGUUGGGCAGAGGACUGUGUAAAUUGUGGUUGGUCAUGGACUACCUGCUCUGCACUGCCUCUGUCUUCAACAUUGUCCUGAUCAGCUAAGACUGCUUCCUCUCUGUCACCAGAGCGGUGAGCUAUUGUGCCAGACAGGGCAUGACCCACCGAGCCAUCAUGAAGAUGAUAGCAGUCUGGGUCCUGGUCUUCGUCCUCUAUGGCCCUGCCAUUAUCUUCUGGGAGCAGGUGGAAGGGAAGAGCCGCAUCCCGGAGGACAAGUGCUUCGCUGAGUUCUACUACAUGUGGUACUUCCUCCUCAGUGCCUCCAUGUUGGAGUUCUUCUCCCCCUUUAUCUCUGUAACCUUCUUCAACCUCAGCAUCUACCUCAACAUCCGUAGGAGGAGGCUCCGGAACAGAGAUGAGGCCUGUGAACAGGAGAGGGAAAGGGACAAGAAGAUCGCCAAGUCGCUGGCCGUCAUAGUGUGUGUCUUUGCUGUGUGCUGGGCGCCCUACACUCUGCUGAUUAUCAUCAGAGCCGCCUGUAGGGGGCGAUGCGUCCAGCACCGCUGGUAUGAGGUCACCAUCUGGCUGCUGUGGCUCAACUCAGCUAUUAACCCUUUCCUGUAUCCGCUCUGCCACAGCAGCUUCCGCAGGGCUUUCGGCAGGAUCCUGUAUCCCAGUAAGAGGUCAACUCAGCUGGCCACCAACUGA